AUGCCUAAUUACGGUGACCCGGAAUACUGGGAAAAGCGCUAUGCUGAACAAGAAGGCUCUACAUUUGACUGGCUUGAAGACUAUCGCAGCCUUGCCCCUAUAAUCAAUGAAAUAGCUCCUAAGACUGCAAAAAUCUUGAUUUUAGGGUGUGGCAACGCAGAAUUAGGUGAAGAUAUGUAUCAUGACGGCUUCCAAAAUAUCGAUAAUAUUGACAUCUCCAGUGUCGUUAUCAAGCAAAUGGCAGAAAGAAACAUUGACAAGCCUACCAUGACUUGGAGUGUCCAGGAUGUCAGAGACAUAAAAUUCCCAAGUAAUACAUUUGAUUUGGCCAUUGACAAAUCUACAAUAGACGCUUUACUAUGUGGAGAUGAUGCUUAUACCUUAUAAUAGAAAAUUUAUUAAAUGAUUUUUUUAUAUAUAUUUCUGCAUGCAUUGAAAGUAAUUAAAUAUAUUUAAAUGUCGCAAGAAUGACUAAAGAAAUUCAAAGGGUUUUGAAAACUGAUGGAUUUUAUAUGGCAAUUUCGUAUGGAGCGCCUGAGUCUAGACUUGAGCAUUUUGAGAUGGAGCAUUUACUAUGGGACGUUUCUAAUCAGAUUAUUGGGGAAGAAACCACAAACCCUCAUUGGGUUUAUCUUUGCAAGAAAAAAGAAGGCGCUGAGCGCGUGUGUGAGGAAAAAUGGGAGGAAGUCGAAAAUAAAUUGAGAGAUGACGAGCCUCAAGAGAACGGUGAAGAAGACCCUACUGAUGAAGUUAAUGAUAUCGUUGAAUAA